AUGGUGAAGAUGCGCGGGCCUCCAGGCCGUCGGCGUAGGCAGCAAUGUCCAUCUCAUCUUUGUGCGCGAAGGCAGACGUCAUCAGAAAGGUGGACGGGCACUAUGUACACGGCCCUAGGUUUGCUAGAAGGAGCUGUACUGUCUCAGUAACCUGGUUUUGCCGUCAAAGGAGGAGGGGACAGGUGGUGACGAGCUGAUUGGGCUGGUUGACCCUUCGGCGCGAGAAUUUUUCGACCAAGAACCCUAAGUGCAACCAGGGAGAAAGCGAGGAACCGACUGGGAUAGACAGCAACGAGAGCGUGCACGAAGCGGAGCGGGUCGAGUUUGGUCGUGCUAGGACUGGCCACAGCGGCACCGGAGCAGCGGCACCGGAGCAGCGGAACCGGAGCAGGCGGACGGCAUCGAACCGUGGCGCACGGACAAACAUCUCUUGUGUUGUCAAUUAUUUUUUAUACUUUUCUUAAUAUGACACAACGAGUCCAUCUCUGUCAUUGAUAAGAGUCAGACAGAUUGACAAUGGAAUCAUUGCGUCAGAAAAAACUACCUGCCUGUAUGCCUACGAUUUCCCAGACAGCAUAUAGGGACAUCUCCCCUGUGGAAAACAGGCUCAACAAAUCAGUUUGGAAGCUGUCUUGUGUGUCUCAUAUAUGUUAUCUUGGGAAGGUGCAGACGAAGGUUUUGGGUACUGUUGGUUAGUCGGGCGUUUUGUGUGUCGCACCCUGUUAGUUGUAGGGCAUGCAAUCUCCAUUAGUUUACAAACGUACUUUCCGUUUUUUUUCCUGAAUACAGGUGUUGGGUGUGUGUGAUGGCGUCACUGGUUUCGUAGAGAGACGCGGCAGAGAUGGCGCGGUUAACCCGGGUGCUUUUAAUUGUGUACCAGCAUCGUGGAAGACACCUUCAAUGUGGAACGAUUCCUAGUCAGUGUCGAUGUUUACACUGCUGUGCCUAACACAGAUGAUUUGGAUAGAUUCGGGUGAUUGUCAAUUGCAAUGAUGGCAUUGGUUGGGUGUUCUUCUUCAUUGUAUGUCCACGGACUCAUUCUGACAGCACUUCAGACAGCAGCUGCAUGCCCCGAGCUUGUGUACCAUGCAACAUGGUGGUAUUAUUGUACAGACAGCACUUCAGACAGCAGUACGCUGUAGUCGACAAACAUUCAUUUUGGUUAAAUAAAUGCGGGACGAGGGGGGUAAUGCUGCUGCUGUAGUCGAUUUGUAGUGGGUGGGCGUGUAGUUCAGUUGUAAGCAUGCAAACGUGCUGCAUGCAGGGGUUGCAGGUGUACCUCCUCGGGCUUGCGUACCCUUUUCUUGCUAAUAGUUAGUGUGGGUGUUCUUUGGAUCUUCUGAUGGCUCUAGCAUUUUUGUGACCACGGACCGAGUCUUUGCUAGAUUUUGGGAAUAAUAGCAACUGACACGAGU